UUCUAUUGUAUUUUGACCCAGGCACAGCGAUGAAAGUAUGCGAGGCAAAAGAAGUAAAGAUGAUUAUGGAUUUUAUAGACACUAUUUGUAGUCUGUUGUGUUAUAUUCUUCACAAUGCAUGAGACCAUGUCUAAAUGACAGUCAGGAUUGAUUGCUGUUAUUGCUUGGCGUUAACCGGGCUCCUCCCCGUAUAUGGAAAUAGUAAGAUCAGCUAGGCUCGGGAUCAUGUCAGUUGUGCACUAAUGCGAUUUCACCACCUUGUAAUCAUAACGCAACGCUAUGCGUUUACUUUAAAAAUGUCAGAAAAAGAAACUGCGAGACAAGAAUGCGUAGAAGUUGGCCUUAAACGGCGAGGCGAUUACUGAUGUCCAGCUGUCAAACGGACAGCCAGUAUACCCCAGCUGACGGUAUUCAGUGUUUCAUCAGCCUGUGUCCAAAUGGACCGUACUUAACACUGCUGCAGGCUUAAAUCUCGGUAUCUCUGGUGGUAUUGUAGGUGAAGCCACGCUGGGAUGGAGCAGACGAGCAGCGUGCAGCUGGAUAUCCCGGAUUUCAGUAACUCAGUGCUGUCCCACCUCAACCAGCUGCGCAUGCAGGGCCGGCUGUGCGACAUAGUGGUGAACGUACAGGGACAGAGCUUCCGCGCCCAUAAGGUGGUCCUGGCUGCUAGCUCGCCGUACUUCCGGGACCACAUGUCGCUGGGCGAGAUGAGCACCAUGUCCAUAUCGGUGAUCCGCAACCCGUGUGUAUUCGAGCAGCUGCUGUCCUUCUGCUACACGGGCCGCCUGCGGCUGCGGCUGGCCGACAUCAUCAGCUAUCUGACGGCGGCCAGCUUCCUGCAGAUGCAGCACAUCAUCGACCGGUGCACCCAGAUCCUGGAGGGCGUGCAUUUCACACUCAGCCUGGCCGACGUGGAGAAGGGGCUGGGGGUCCGAGGCCAGGUUCACGGCGGUGAGGCUCGGGCCCCAGGGUCUGGAAGAAGAGGGGAAGUCAGGGCUGGGACCCAGCCUCUGAGCCCCGGUCAAAGCGCCCCCCAGGCUGGGGAUGCAUGGAACUGUAGAGAUGCCAUUAGCGAUAUUCAGGAGCAGACAGAGGUGUGUGAGGUGAGCCCUCCCGGAGAGUCGAUGAGCCCCCAGGUUAUAGAGCACAGCGAGCCGGGCUCCGGAGUGCCGGGCACCGGAGAUCACGGAGGCUCAGAGGAGCCCUUCCUGCGGAUAAACCAGGCGGGGCAGUGGUACGUGGAGGCAGGGCCUGAGGCUGACGGGGGUGCCGUCCGCAUCAAGACCGAGAGCCUGGAGGACUGGACGGGGGCGGAGGCUCCUCUCACAGGGAAUGAGGGUGGUGCCGAGGAAAGCGGCCCAAAAAGGACGGGGCACAGAGUGUGGGUGCAGGAGGGCUUCAACGCACAGCCUUCUGGGAGCAGGAACUCUCAUCAGCCCACCAGCAGCCUCCGCGAGACGGAGAGAUUCAGCCCGACAGGCAGCGUGGCGGAGAAGGCGGAACGGCACAGGACCAAGGCAGAGUCUCCGGGGAGGCGUGACGAUCAGAGCCAGCCCACCUCGCAGGGCGAGGAACAGGCAGCGUAUGACGGCGGGGGGUACGAAGAGUACCUGCGUGAGCAGGUUGGCGACCCCUGGUUCCGCUACAACCCACGGCUCACCUGUAUCUACUGCUGCAAGUCCUUCAACCAGAAGGGCAGCCUGGACCGGCACAUGCGGCUGCACAUGGGCAUCACGCCGUUCGCCUGCCGCAUCUGUGGCAAGAAGUACACGCGCAAGGACCAGCUGGAGUACCACAUCCGCAAGCACACGGGCAACAAACCCUUCCACUGCCACGUCUGUGGCAAGAGCUUCCCCUUCCAGGCCAUCUUAAACCAGCACCUUCGCAAGAACCACCCAGCCCGCGGGCCACACAGUGCCUCACCUGAGACCACCACGCGGGCCGGUCCCCGGGAGGAUGAGUCGCCCGGUCGCGAGGAGCCCGAGGGCUCAGGUGGGGGCGGGGGGGGCUCUGUUUCCACUACGGGACCUGACUGAUAGAAAGAUCUCAACACCGUGAUGUCGUGGGUGGUCUGGUUCACCUGUUUUCCCUUCGAUUUGUUUCGAUACACCGUCAGAAAAAAAAGAAUACAAUUUGUACCAAUGAGGAGUACAAAUACUUGUCACUGGGGCUGUACCUUCAAGUGUUUGCCGAUGCCUAUCUGUAGGCGUUUUAAGGUAGAGAAAUGGACUCUGAGGAGCAUUUGUGUACCAUUGGAGGUACACUGAUGUUCUUCGUACAUUGGGGCACAAAGUUGCACCUGGAACGUACCCCUUUUUUCUGACAGUGUAGGGACCUAUGGAGGUGGAGGCUUGUGGACCGGAACCAAAGGCAGAGACCCAGGAAGAUGCUUGGCUGUGAUGGAUGCAUUGAGGAGCUGACAGGAGUUUCUCAAAGGACCAGCCGGCUGCACGGCAAAGCGCUCGCUUAGAGAUGCCUGCCGUUGGCUUGCCAACCAAACACGUUAAUGCCUCUAUCAAGUUACCUUACACUAUCCUAUAAACUGUGUUUUUUUUUCCAGUUUACCAUGAAUUUUGAAUAUUGGAGAUGCCCAGCCAGGUCAGAUUAGGUCAGUUGGUGUUCGACCCUGCCUUUUCUAACAGUGAGAAAUCCUUGUGUGUCAGGUACGAGACUCAAGGUUAAUUAGUGGAACAAAUUUAGCAUGAAGACAAUCUGGAUGAUCAAACUUUGGAGUUAGUUGAACGUGUUUCCUGAAGCAACUUGCACAUGCUGUGGCAGAGCAGCUAGUGUAAAUGAGUGUGGGCCGUACCAUCUACAGCCAACUGGGGGGGGGAUCUACACUCUAAUCUUUGUCCGUUUUAGACACUUUUGCUGACUUUCAUUAGCCAGAUACUAGUUAGCCAGGGUAUUUAUACAUGAAUAUACACUCUCAUGGUUUCCCAAAUCUGCUGCUGAAUGUUUACUCUUCAGAAAACGAGAAACACAAUAUCGACCUGUAGAUAAGCUACUUUAUGACUGUUAGCGCAUAUUACGGCCAUAGCACAGGUGUAGUAAUGCACGCACUUGACGGACUUUUGUGUGGAGAUUUUAUAUUUCCUUACGGUCCUUUUUUCCCUACAUAUGACUAUUUUGGGGUCUUUUCAUACAUUCUGAUUAAACUGUGUCUCUGAGUUCAGACUGUUUCUCAGAGCUUGAGUAACACAUGUGGAAACAGACCAAACCACAAGGUACCCAUGAAAGUCAUCGCUUCACAAAUCAAUGAACUGCUUGUACAGGGAAGCCGUGCAUGGUGCUUGGAAGGGGAUCCGUGGAUCAAGGAUUCAGGGCUUCCAGGAAUGCGGAGGCAUGGGCAACAUCUCAGCAAGCCUCGUUCGGAAAGAAAAUAACAUUAUUCUGUUACUCCUGGAAACACUCGUAAACUAAAACGACAACAUUAAACUUCUUUACAGAUCUUGAUUUUCAAACGACUCCAGAAAUACUGAGAUUAUGUAUCAUUUACGUAAGUAGUACAUUUGUAUUUGUACUUCUUGUACUUGUCAUAUUGCGAGCAGAAAUUUCCAGAAAAAAGCAAAUGUAGCCGGUGACUAAUGUACUGCAGUUUUUAUACUCUGAGCUGUGAAUUUACACCCCUGGGAAUCUUUGCUUGAAUGCGAGUUUUAAAAUGGCUACUGAUUUUAUAGGGUGUUUUGUUACAUGCAAUCGCUCACAGGUUAUCUCCACGUCAAUUGUACCCAACACAGCCAAUAUCCACCUCAUCUAUGGCCAACGAAGCUGAUCUCCUCAGCUGCGCCCAACACAGCCAAUCUCAACCUCAGCUACACCCAACACAGCCAAUCUCAACCUCAGCUACACCCAACACAGCCAAUUUCAACCCCAGCUACACCCAACACAAUCAGUCUCAACCGCAAUACACCCAACACAGCCAAUCUCAACCUCAGCUACACCCAACACAGCCAAUCUCAACCUCAGCUACACCCAACACAGCCAAUUUCAACCCCAGCUACACCCAACACAGUCAGUCUCAACCGCAAUACACUCAACACAGCCAAUCUCAACCUCAGCUACACCCAACACAGCCAAUUUCAACCCCAGCUACACCCAACACAACCAAUUUCAACCCCAGCUACACCCAACACAGUCAAUCUCAAACGCAAUACACCCAACACAGCCAAUCUCAACCUCAGCUACACCCAACACAGCCAAAUUCAACCCCAGCUACACCCAACACAGUCUCAACCUCAACUACACCCAACACAGCCAGUCGCAACCUCAGUUACACCCAACAUGGGUGAUCUUCAACUCAACUACCCUCAACAUAGCUAAUCUCAACCUCAGCUAUACUCAAACCAGCAGAUUUUCACCUCCGCUUUACAUACCUCUGUCUGCACAAAUUACAGGUGUUCAGCUGUAGCUGAUAAAAGGUUUAUGCAUUUUUUUACUCCUAUGUAUAGGUCUGGUAGUAAUAUUCAUAAAUCCCUACGUGAGCAUAGAGAUACACGUGGUUUCAAAGAAGUGUUCUUUGAAAACAAUAUUCCAAAAUAAUAUUAUUCUGUGAUAAACAGUGUGGGUAAUGUUACAUGUUAUACAGUUUAUUGAAGCAUGUUGGUCACUGACCUUGUGGAUGUUUGUAUUAUACUCAGACAUCCUCGGUCUAUUCAUAGAUAUUCGAUUAAAUGAUCCAGCACACACAUAAACAUCCUUUUUCAUAGUUUAAUGUACAUUUCAUUCAUAAGACACAAUCUGAUAAUUAUCCAGGACAAGAUGGAGACAUUAAUGUGAGAUAUUAAGGGACCAGUUGAGGUCAGCAUGCUGUCUUUGAGACACCUUUCAUCUGGACUUUGAAAACAUUGAAGUUUGUCAUUGUUGUUACUAUUUUGCCAAAUGGGUGCCGAUUUGCCUUUUGUACAAAAAUUAAUUACAUGUGUGAAACAGGAGGGCACUCGGACCCUGGGAAGCUGGUGUCUGUACUUCCCCAGUCACCGGUUCGCGGUACAAUAUAUAGUGAAACUUCAGCCUUCCAACCUGAGACCCUGGUUUGUAGUGAAAUCAAAAUAUGCAUGCAUGUUUUGGUUAUUGGUAGAAAAAAAUUUUUGUAUCAGAAUUUUUUCCCCUUUGGUGCAAAAAGCGAAAGUCGGAAUUUCUGCGCUGGGAUGCAUGUGCAGAGUCACAGGGCUACGAUGGUAUUGCAAACCAAAAUAUUCACCCAUUUAGGUCAUGUUGUUUUCUUUCUUAGUUAUUUUUUAAAUGAAAAUUAUCCGCAGUAGUUUAUUUCCCUUUUACAGUUGUGGGAAGGGGGCAGUAUGGUGGUGCAGUGGUUAGCACUGUCACCUCACACUCCUGGGACCCGGGUUCGAGUCUCUGCCCUGGUUCCGUGUGUGUGGAGUUUGCAUGUUCUCCCCUUGUCAUCGUGGGGUUUCCUCUGCUAUCCUCACACCGUCCAAAAGCAUGCUGAGGCUAAUUGGAGUUACCAAAUUGCCCAUAGAUGUCCCUGUGUGAGUGAGUGUGCCUUGUGAUGGGCUGGUGCCCCAUCCUGGGUUGUUCUCUGCUUUGUGCCCAUAGCCUCCAUAACCCUGAAUAGGAUAAGUGGUUUCAGAAAAUGGAUGGAUUUGUGAAGAAGCAUUACAAUCAAAGUUGCGUUUCAGUCAUUUUUUGGUGCAUUUCCAGAACUUAACAAAUGCAUCACCAAGAGUGAUAUUGUUUAAUUUACUGAACGUUUCCGUUUAUACUGAACAGCAUAGGUUUCAAACUAAGACACUAUUGAGACCAUUGCCUGAAUAAAUUGUACUUCACCUGAGAUUUAAAAUAAAGGCAAAAUUUAAUAUUUAGUAGCUUCAACUAAUAACAUGAAAAAUUACUUUUGUAUGAAAUUCUCUCCUUGGGAAUCAUUUAGCACUUUGAGUUUAGUGGUUUUCAUGGCAUUUUUCUUUAUUAAAAGUUGAUUCAUUCAGUGCACUUAUAAUGUGCUGUAUCAGUGGUUAUAGGUUGGAUCAGGGUUGGAGGAACAUUUCAGUUUUAUAGCUAAUAGUCAUGGUUACACUUUAUGGAGUGUGAAUAACUGCUCACAGCACUUACUGUUACAUAGAUAUAAAUGAAAUAUUUCCUAAAGCAAAGCACUUUACGUGUUACUGUGAAGGAAACAGUGUAGUAUAUUUAAGGAGUGAUAUAUCCGUUGUUUGAUUUUGCCAUAAUAUGUUACAUAAAACCAAUAAAAUGGUUUGAAAAUGU